AGCAUGAAGUAUCACAGAUUCGCUGCACUGCAAAACAGAUUGACUGAGCAGUCUUUACUUUACACAACUGAUGAGAGACGACACUGCUUUCACUCUGAGCCAUGAGAGCAAAGCUGGAGGUCUUAGCCCUGGUCUUGGGCGUCAUCGGCCUGACUGGAACCAUAGCUGUCACUGCCCUGCCCAUGUGGAGGGUCUCUGCCUUCAUUGGUGCCAAUCUCAUUGUCAUGGAGGAACUCUGGGAAGGCUUGUGGAUGACCUGCUACAGACAGGCCAACAUCAGAAUGCAGUGCAAGGUGUAUGACUCACUGCUAAUUCUCCCACCAGAGCUGCAGGCAGCCAGGGGGCUCAUGUGCGUCUCCAUAGUCCUGGUUGUCAUCUCUCUGUGCAUCACAGGAUGUGGGACCCAGAAGAGCAGCUGUUGUGAUGACAAUAUGAAAGGCAAGAACGUCACCCUGGCCUUGGCAGGUAGUUCGUUUCUGCUUUCCUUUUUGACCACACUCAUACCGGUCAGCUGGGUGGGCCAUACGGUCAUCAGGAAUUUCUACAACCCAACAGUGCUGGAUUCUGAAAAACGGGAGCUGGGGGAGGCCCUGUUCAUUGGCUGGGCCACUGCAGGUGUUCUACUGAUCACCGGGAUCAUCCUUCUGUUCAGCUACUGCAAACGCAGAUCAAAGGAGGAAGAGCUCUACAGUGUACCCUAUGCAGCAGACAGCAUUCCCUUGAAGAGGACACCAUCCAGCUCUCAUAAGAGUCAAGAAUAUGUGUAAAGAACUGUAUCUUGCUGCCUGAAAUUAAUGUGCACAUUCGUCUUUACACGAGAUUACACCACUCAUUUGAAAGACGGGGCCCAAGGAAGGUCGCAAGUUGACAUCAAUGCAAAUUUUGUAUAAAAUGCAUUUGUCUUUAAAACCAAUGCACACAUUUUAAAUCACUCUGACUGUUUAAAUGACUAAUGAACUUUGUGUUUGUAUUGCAUGAUAAAUGGUUCAAAUCCUUCAGAUGUACACAUGAAACUAUCUGGUUAUACUUAUUUGCUGGCAAUGUGGACAGUACAACAUUACAAAUGGGUUUUGCAAUUUUAUGCUAAUGUACCAUUUUUAUUGUGCUUUCAUAUGACUGUGGUUCUUGACUCUCAAGUUUCACUUUUAGUUGCUCACUCAUACUUAAUCAUACUGAUUUGUUCAUGUCUCUUGGCCACAUCUACCUAGUCAACAGUAAUGAAUAAAAGUUGAUUGUAUAUUU